UCAAGAAUUAUGAAACAAUCAAAAAAUCGACAUCAUCCAUAUUUAUUAUCAUCAUCUACCUCAUCUACAUCAUCAUCAUCAACAACAACAACAUCAAUAACAUCGAUCAAAAAUGAUUGUCAUUGUAAUACAAAACCAAAUAUAAUAUUACCAACAUUAACCGAAUGGACAGCUAGAUUUCGUAUUGAUGAACAAUAUAUGAAUACAAUUUUGAAACCGGUAACAAAAGCAUUAAAAUUUUCAACUGAAAAAUUUUAUCCAGAUGGUAAUAUGAUGAUAACAUUACGUAGAAAUAUUAAUCGUCAUGAUAAUAAUUCAAUAACAUCACUGCCAUCAUCAUCAACAUUGUCGCAAUCGCCACCAUUAUCAUCACCAUUAUCAAGAUCACCUAUUUUGGCCAAAGAAUCAUCAAAACAAUUGGAACAAGAUAAUCAUGAAUCGAUUAAACAACAACAACAACAACAAUCAUUGGAUCGACCAUUUGGUCAUGGUACAAUUACUAUUAUUGAUGAUGGUGAUAUACGUGCAACACAUAAAUCUUGGAUUGAAAAACCAUUACCAUUAUCAUCAAUAUCAUCAUCGAUGGAAAGUGAUCAAAAAUCAAUUAAUUCGGAAAAUUUCUUUCCAAUCAAUGUUGAUGAUGGUGGUAAUGAUAAUACUGGUGAUGAUAAAAUUAACCCCGAUGAAACAAUUGAAAAAAAACAAUCACCGGUUGUCGAAAACUUUCCCAAUACUAAUGAAUAUGAUGGUGAUGAUGGUAAUACCACAACCGAUGAAAAUGAUCAAAAACCGAUAAUUUUGGAUUUGAAUUCAUUUACCAAUCCAGCACAAUCAUCAUCAUCAUUUGAAUCAUCCACUGCUGUCGCCGCAUCAACUGAAUCAUCCGAACCAUUACCAAUAGUUCCAGAACAAUUUUCACAAAUUCUUCAAAUGAUUAACAAUUCAAUGAAUGAUGAUGGAGAUGAUGAUGAUGAUAAAAAUAUUACAAUGGCAGCUGCAACAGCAACAACCAACGAAUCAAUCAAACCAAUUAUCGAUGAUGAAUCAAUUCAGCCAGAAUUUCAACAACAACAGCAACCAGAAAUGCAUCAACAACAACAAACGCAACAAACAAAUCAAUUUUAUCAAUUAGAUGAAAGUUUAAUUGAUCGUCUUUUGGCAACUGAUUGGCCAAUUUAUUUUGAUGAUGAUAAUAAUCAACAACAACCGCAGCAGCAGCAAUAUCCAUUGAAUGUAACUAAUCAACAAUAUUCGGCUAUUGCGAAUAUUAAUCAUCAUCAACAGCAUCAGCAGUAUUAUCAUCAUGAUCAUCGAAAUCAUGAUUAUUAUCCGAUUGAUAUUAACAACAACAACAAUCAUAAUCAGAUGAAUUUAAAUUGCUAUGGUGGUAAUUAUGCUGAUAAUGAUGAUUCUGGUGUUGGUGUUAAUUAUGAUGAAUAUAAUCAUCUGUUUGAAUGAAAAAAAAAACAAAUGAUAAAAGUCAAGCAAUUCUUAUUGAUCUCAGGCAAUUUAUAAUCUCAUAAC